UCCUAGCAACCCUUAGGUAGUUAGCGUUAGCAACGCUUGUUAGCUAUAGCCUGACGCAGGCAUGUUUAAGCAAUGGACCUUCCCGAACCCAUAAGAAGACGUUUGGGAGAUUUUUCAAGAACUGUAUUUGUAGAUCAGAGACAUUCAGAACUUUCCCCUGAGGAUCAUGUCACAUUUCUGAAUCAGCAUACAGAUGUCGUAUCCAGUCUGCCUCUACAGAUGGCACUUUUUUUCAACAUGUGGUUCUUUCCCCUUUGGUGGAUUAGUGAAGUAGUGAUGCUGCACCUCAAAUACCUCUUCCUCCCAGAUUACUACAAAUUCAUCCUAAUUACUAUCCUAAUUUUAAUGACUCUCAUCGAGGCUAUCAGGCUUUACUUGGGAUACGCAGGGAAUUUGCAAGAAAAGGUUCCUGAACUGGCUGGGUUUUGGCUCCUGAGUCUCCUUCUGCAGUUUCCUCUGAUACUGUUCCAGCUUUUCAAUGAAGCCAUCCUCAUCCAGCCUUUGGAGAGAGGUGUUCAUAUAAUUCUGGCCUCAUUCAUUUUGGUAGAGGCUCUCUCUGGUUUUGCUGCUCUGCGUGCAAUGGUCCGACAUACUGAAAGCCGCUUCCAUCUUCGACAAUUUAGUGGAAUUCAAGAAUUCAAAGCAUGACUGUACUUCUAACAAUAAUGACCUGCAUUUAUCUUCAAUAACACUGUAUAAGACAUUUUAGUGACCACUUUUGUACAAAACAGAUAAAUUAUCAUUCAAAAGAAAUCACCUGGCAAAUGUAAUAGAGUGUCUGUGUGUACAUAACUGUAAGUAGUUCUCUUGAAUUGAAAUGCAUUUGAUGUUCAUAUUAAGUGUUUUAUAGUGCCCCCCUCUCCUUUACUCUUAUAUAACUACCAAAACUAUGGGUUACAGAAAGACUGUAUUUAUUUCCUUUUCCUACACUGAAAGUCGCAACAAGUUUUAAAUCUAAAUUUCUUAAAAUGUAUUAAACAAAGCAGUGCUAUAUCCACGA